AUGGUGUUGGAUCCGUCAGUCAACAAAAGUGAUUAUGGAACGCUGAGCAUCGUGGUAGAAGAUCCAACAAUGAAAAAACAAGAUACUAUUUAUCAAAGGCAACCCCUUUUGCCGCAACAGAAUUCGUUGGCUUUAACAAUCGAGGACAGCGAUGACGAACCGGAAACGGGUAGUAGCAGAAGUCAAACGAACGGAAGAAUAAUUAAUAUAAAGUUACCCCCUCCGUUAAAAGAUGAGCCUAGGUAUCCGAAGGAAAUAUUUAAAACAUUUUUAGCUUUUAUUAUAAUGUCAGCGGGCAUGAUCUUGAGCACGGCCGUUUUGUCUGUCGUUCACGAGCGAGUGCCUAACUUGGACGUUAACCAAAGAAACGUUUCCAAGCCCCUUCCCGACGUCUUCUUGGAUAAUGUGCCUACGAACGACACAUGGGCCUUAAACAGCUCCGAAAUAUUAAUAAUGAUCUCUGUAAAUACUUGCGUUGUUGUUAUUUUUUUUCACAAGCACAGAUUUAUAGUAGCACGAAGAGUAUUUUUACUAAUGGGAAUAUUGUACCUCAUGAGAUGCAUAACGAUGUACAUCACCGUGUUACCCGUCGCUUCGUACACGUACAAAUGCAGUCCUCCGGCGGAUAAUCCGAACGCUUUAAUGUACUUAAAAAGAAUGUGGCAGCUUUUGACCGGAUUCGGUCUUUCCAUAAACGGGAAACACACUUAUUGCGGAGACGUCAUUUACAGCGGUCACACGCUCAUACUCGUCAUGAGUUACUUAAUCAUAACAGAAUAUUCGCCUAGGAAAUUAGUACCUUUGCAUUGGCUUUCUUGGGCCAUGAGCUUUUUCGGAAUUAUUUGCGUUCUCAUUGCUCGCGGUCAUUAUUCGAUCGACGUCGUCGUAGCUUAUUACGUAACAACGAGGUUGUUUUGGAUUUAUCACACAAUGGCAUGCAAUGCUAAGUUCAAGGAAUUGGGACCAAACAACUUUUUGGCGCGAGUUUGGUGGUAUCCGGUGUUUAAAUAUUUCGAAGGAAACGUCGCGGGACCCCUUCCGAGACAAUACGACUGGCCUCUUCCGUGGCCGAGAAGAUUCCUUUCGAAACAUCCGAAUCGCGAUAGUUAG